AUGCCAGAUGUGUAUGUGCCGCGCGUCGUGGUGGACCGUGUGCCGGACGCCACAGCGCUGGGAGCGUGUGAUGGACGCGUGUAUGUAGGCACGUCGCAUGGGUCCAUAUUUGAGAUGGGCGCGCCGGACGUCGAACUGAGUCGUGGUCGCCACCGCCGCAUCGACCAAAUCAGCAGCAUUCCUGGCACACCGUAUAUGGCGUGUAUGGCGGAUGGGUAUGUGAGUGUAAGCACGCCUGCCUCCCUCGAUACGCCAACGUCCCUUCCUCUUUCGCGCGGCGCCUCGUUUCUCGUUGCAGGCUCAUGGCUCGAGGCCCACAGCGCAGAGACGUCUAUCGCCGCGAGCACGUCGCAGCGAGCAUUAGGUCUGCGCAGUAUGGACGAGGUCGCACGCGAAAAGCAGAAAGCGCCACAAAAUGCGCUUGUAUCGAUGCUGGCGAUAGCAUGUCGCCGUCGUCGCUGCGUUGUGAUGUACCGAUGGGUCGAUGGUGCGUUCUGGGACGCCAAAGUCCACCCACUUCCACGCGGACCACAAACAUUAGCUCUACUGACAGAGGGCCAGGCGCUGGUCGCAGGAUAUGGUCAUUAUGAGUACGUGCGUGUCGUGAUUCCACCUGCGCAUGCGUCCAGCGUCGCAUGGCGUCUGCCGCCGAGUGAUGCUCUGACGUCGGCCACAUGGGUCGACACACAUGCAUGGGACACGUAUGCCGUGCCCGUCGAGGGUGAUGGCGAUGAUGCGAGCUGGUGGGGCCGAACAGACCGUCCCUGGGCUAUCUCACUGGCACAUGGCGUGCUGGUGUCUACGCCACGGCGCGGUGUAGUCAUCGACGCACACGGUCGCAUCCUGCCGCCUUCGCUGCCAUGGAGUGCCGUGCCGUAUGGUGGCAUAGCUUGUGCGCCGUACGUCCUCUUGCGCGAAGCGGAUGGCUCACUUGGCGUAUACAUGCAAUCGACGCUGCGCCGAGCGCAGUCUAUGACGUUGCCAGCUGGGCCCGUGCAGCUCCUCACUGACCCCCCGCAUGUUUACGCACACGGCUCGCUGUAUGCCCUCGACGUAUGUGGACUUGAGGCGCAACUAGAUGCUCUCACGGCAGCGGGCGCGUAUGCGGAGGCUCUCGACAUGCUGAAUGCCGAACCAAUCGACAAGGACGCACGCGCUCAUGUGGGCCUAGCAGCGUUUGUGGAUGGCGCCUUUGAUACUGGUAUGGACGUGUUUAUGGACGUGGAUAUGAAUCCCGCGUACGUACUGGCCCUAUACCCUGCCUCACUCACGGGCCCGCUUGCCAAGCCACCCUCACAGUGGUCUGCUCUAUUUGGCACGCGGCUUCCGGUGCAUGCCGAGAGUGACGCGUUCACGUCACCCCAAGCUUUGGACGCACUCGUGCGUUAUCUCAAUGACCGCCGGCGCCUCUUGCGCAGUGGCUCGCUUCCUCCACCCACGGCUGAAGCCGUCGAUACCCAAUGUCUGCAGCAGCUGCGCAUGUGUGACUGCACACCCGACACGAUCUCGACCCAUGAGGCUGUAGCGAUGGCGCAAGUCGUCGACACGGCACUUUUGACGGUGUUUCUCCGUACCAAGCCGAGCCUGGUGGGGGCCUUGUGCCGCGUGGAUAACUGGUGCGACCUGGCACAGGUACGCACUCAGCUGGAGGCGCGGCACAUGCAUCAGGCGCUUGUGUCGCUCUACCGCACGCGGGGUAUGCACACAGAGGCACUUGCUCAGCUGCCUGAGCCAGAAGACAUGGCCGCCUACCUCGACACGUUAGGGCCCGAGCACACGGACCUCAUCUUGAGCCAUGCACGAAAGGUGCUCGACGUGGCGCCUGCACUCGGCCUCUCGAUUUUCACAUCCGAUACGCACUUGACGCAGCUCCCACCGGAGCGUGUUGCACCAGACUUGGCACCCACCUACCCCGCCACGUGCCUCGCCUACCUCGAGGCUGUCAUGACCGUGCGUGACGUCGCGCCUGCUCUACAUACACUGCGUGCACGUCUGCAUCUGGAUGCGUGCCGACACGGUGCUCCUCUAGAUGCCUUCAUCGCAUUCCUGCGCUCAUCCACCCACUACGAUGCCGAUGCAUUGUUGCUCGAAGACCUGCCGUGGCCGCUCGUUCGGUCCGUGCUACUAGGUCGUCUAGGGCAUUAUGUGGAGGCAUUGCACCUGCUCCUCGUGGAGGCGCACCUUGUGUCGGAGGCCGAAGCGUUUUGUGUGGAACAUAGCACCUCGGCUGGCCCCGACCUGUACGCCACGCUCUUGCGUCUGGUGCGCACACAUGCACCCGAACACUUGCUUCGCGUCUGUGAGGGUGUGCUUACGCAGCAUGCGAAGGACGUGCCAUUACCUGAUAUAUUGGCCCUCUUGCCGCCUGAAUGGCCCGUGCAGCGCGUCCAAGCGCUGCUUUUGCGCAACUUGCAUGCUCAGGCAUCCGAUCGGGUGCAGCAGCGCAUCGAAAGCGCACUAUCCACGGCCCAUCGCGCGGCGCUGGAUCAAAGCGUGCGAAUCCAGCGCCAAGCACGUGUGCUUGUCACGGAUCACAGCACGUGCGAGCAGUGUGGGCGGCGCCUGGGUGAGUCGGUCCUGGCCGUCGUGCCUGCGACGGGCGCAACCAUGCAUUACUACUGCGCCAUGCAGCAUACGUAG